UUCCGUGUUUUAUAUUCUCCACAGACCCCAGUGACAGCGAGCAGGUCUCGUGAAAGAUGAUCUGCCGGUAGAUGGUCGGUGCGGCGCUGACAUGCGCAGUGAGCGCAGCACAUGACGCUGUUCUGUGUAUGUGUGUGUGUGUUCGUCCGCUGAUUCCAUCUCACACACGCGCUCUUCUCCUCCAUCCUCCUGGAUCUUCUUCCUGAGCACAUCUUCCACCGGAGCGCCAGCGCGGUUUUACGGACAAUAAUGGAUUCAGAGAACCCAACAAAGCCAAUGACACACCAGUGAAACCUACAAAGCCAAAAACACCACAAUCAUCAACAAUAGGAGCAGAAUGGAAGAUCUGCCUUCUUGACAAGCCACAAUGCAUGAAUAUCCACUGUGUGUUGACGUACUUACCUAGACGCAUCAGUUCUUUUUUCACCUUCCACAUUUGGACGCCUUGCUUUUAACCUCUACUUUAAUCGGCAGACCCAUCAUGCCCGUGUGUCAUUUGUGACUGGAGUUUAGCGGCAGCAUGCGUCCAUGGACGGGCUCCUGGCGCUGGAUAGCGCUAGUCCUGCUUGCAUGGGGGACGUUGCUCUUUUAUAUCGGGGGUCAUCUGGUGAGAGACAACGAACAUGCGCCGCGCUCCAGCCGUGAGCUGGCGAAGAUCCUCACCAAGUUGGAGAGACUGAAACAGCAAAAUGAAGACCUGCGGCGCAUGGCCCAGUCUCUACGGAUUCCAGAAGGACAGUCGGAUGGGCCAAUAUCGUCAGGAAGACUCCGGUCUCUUGAGGAGCAGCUAAGCCGAGCCAAACAGAAGAUCCACAGUUUUCAGAGAUUAUCUGGAGAAGUUGGUCCGGGUCGAGAACAGGAAGAAUUGCGGAGGAAGGUGGAGAACGGGGUGAAAGAGCUGUGGUAUUUUAUUCAUAGUGAGAUCCAGAAGCUGAGUCACAUCAAUCCGACUGACAGACAGAAACACACUGACGCACUCCUGCAGGACCUGGGUCAUCAGCAGAGGACGAUCAUGACAGACCUGCACCAGCUCAGUCAGGCGGACGGAGCGGGUGAUUGGAGAGAGAAGGAGGCCAGAGAUCUCUCCAGCCUGGUGCAGAACAGGAUCUCCUACCUGCAGAACCCGCAGGAUUGCAGUAAGGCUCGUAAGCUGGUCUGUAACAUCAAUAAGGGCUGUGGAUACGGCUGUCAGCUCCAUCACGUGGUUUACUGCUUUAUGAUCGCUUACGGCACGCAGAGAGUUCUGAUCCUCGAGUCCCACAACUGGCGCUACGCUCCCAAAGGAUGGGAGACGGUCUUCCGACCCGUCAGCGACACCUGUACGGAUCGAUCCGGAGCCACAACCGGACACUGGUCAGGUGAGGAUCAUGACCGAGACGUUCAGGUGGUGGAGCUGCCCAUUGUCGACAGUCUUCACCCCAGACCUCCAUACCUUCCGCUUGCUAUCCCAGAAGACCUUGCGCCUCGACUGCAGCGUCUGCAUGGCGACCCGUCCGUCUGGUGGGUGUCUCAGUUCGUCAAGUACCUAGUCCGUCCUCAGGCCUGGCUGGAAAAGGAGAUCCAAGAAACGUGUGUCAAACUGGGCUUUAAACACCCUAUUAUUGGUGUCCACGUCAGACGGACAGAUAAAGUCGGGACAGAGGCCGCGUUUCACCCCAUAGAGGAGUACAUGGUGCAUGUGGAGGAACAGUUCCAGUACAUGGCUCAACGGGGCCAUGUGGAUAAAAAACGAGUGUAUUUAGCCACUGACGACCCCUCGCUGUUACAGGAAGCAAAAACCAAGUAUGCCGACUAUGAGUUCAUCAGUGAUAACUCCAUCUCUUGGUCAGCGAGUUUACACAACCGAUACACAGAGAAUUCCCUUAGAGGCGUCAUCCUGGACAUCCACUUCCUGUCACAAACUGACUUCCUGGUUUGCACCUUCUCCUCACAGGUGUGUCGUGUGGCUUAUGAGAUCAUGCAGACUCUUCACCCGGACGCCUCUGCUUUCUUCCGCUCUUUGGACGACAUCUACUACUUCGGUGGACAGAAUGCGCACAACCAAAUCGCCAUCUACCCGCACCAGGCGCGCACCGCUGAGGACAUCCCGCUGGAGCCCGGAGACAUCAUCGGAGUGGCCGGAAACCACUGGGACGGGUACUCAAAAGGGGUCAACCGCAAACUGGGACGCACCGGCCUCUAUCCGUCCUAUAAAGUGAAGGAGAAGAUCGAGACGGUGAAGUAUCCCACUUACCCUGAGGCAGACAAGCUGCUGAGCUUAUAGAACAACAGAGAUUAAUCAUGAACGCAAGGACGGAUAAACUUGCCUUGCGGAGGAUCGCCGAAUGGAUGUUCCUUUUAGUCUAAUCUGACUGAGGUUUGUAUAAAUCGCAUAAGGAUCUCUUAGACUGCUGUGGACAUUAAGCCUUUGAAACGGCUCUCACAUCAGCAGAAGCAAACGAUUAAAACUUUUUUUUUUAAAUUGUUUUCAUGUUUUUUAAAUAAUCUUUCUCUGUCCUCAAACUGAAGUGAAUCUCACAGAGGAUGACAGGAAUAUGUUCAGGUCACAUUUCAUCCACAAAAUCAACAGAAAAAGUAAGAAAUUAUAUUUUGCAUUAUUAAAAUAAUACCUAUAGGAACUUUGUAUUAUUUUAAUGUUUUUCUUUUUUUUUUUUUCAUUUUUCUGUCAUUUAUAAUGUAUAUGUUUAUUUAUAAUGUUUAUUAAAUUUAUUCACACUUACAAUUAUGAAUUUUUUUUAUUUUUUUAUUUUCACAUUAAGGUAGUAUUUGUUGUACUGCCAUUUAUUUAAGCUGAUUUAAAUGAGAAUGAAUUACAAGCUCAAAAAAAAAAAUCUGAUGCAAAUUGGUGUUAAAAUGUAUUUAUAAUUCAUUUGAAAUGUAUUUAUUUAUUUAGUAUUUAUUUAUAAUUAUAAUUAUGUUACAUUUAUAUAUAAUAAUGAUAUAAUGAAAAUGUAUUAUUUCAAUUAUUUUCACAGUAUGGUAGUAUUUGAUAUACUGCGUUUUAUUUAUUUUUGUUUUUUAAUUAAAUGUUCAGUCUCAGACGGUAUGUUAUUCAAAUUGCAGAGAAAAUGUGCUUAAUUAUUAUUAAAAUAACGUCAAAUUUGCAAAACUUGUAAUAUUCCUAAAACAGACCUCAUGUUCUUUAUGCAAAAUGUAAUUUCUUAUUUCUUUCUUUUGAUUUAGUGGUGAAAUAUGAUCUGGACAUUUUUGUGAAAUUCACCCAACUAUUUUCUUCACAUUGCUCAUUUCUCAUUUUUCUAUCAUCACUCAGUUCUUUAUCAGUCUUAAGUGUGUAUGUGUGUGUUCACACAAACUAUUUGUGCUUUAUUUAUUGUGCAUCCAAAGCGGUGCCUGAAAUGAAAGGAAAAAGCUUUGCAGAACUUUAAUAUAUAAAAAAGGAAUUAUUAAAUAGUUAGAACUUGACAAUUUACCCAUUGUUGUCAAAAUUACUCAUUGUUACUGAUCCCUGAAUCAUUUGCCAAUUUUACAAAUGAACACAGCCAUAUAUUUAAAAAAAGUUAGCAUUAGUUUUGUAGUCAAAUAUUAGAUGUUAUGAUUUAUAAACGUGAUCUCAUUAGAGAUUCAUAAGUAUUGUUAUGUAAAGUGUGGUUCUAGCACAUUUUUUUUUACAAAUGCACAGAUACAUACAUUACAACAUUAAUGUAUUGGCAUGUACAGCUUCAGAGAAGACAUGUUUAAAAUUCAUUUGUUUACAGAAUAUUGAAUUCAAAGGUUCCUUCUGUUCCCACCAGCCUUUCAUCGACAGAAUUUUUAAAUAAAUAAAUAAUUCUCUAAAGUUGUACAUAAAACAUUUUGACAGCUUAUUUUGUAUUUACGGUAGCUCAAACAUUCACACAGGUCAUGGUUUGAUUCCCAGGGAAUGCAUGAACUGAUAUAAUGUGCACCUUGAAUGCAAUGCAAGAUGCUUUGGAUAAAAAUCAAUGCAUUAAAGAGGACCUAUUAUGCUUUUUUUUUUUUUAUAUAUAAAUAUUCAUCUUUCUUUAGUGUGUAAUGUUGCUGUUUGAGCAUGAAAAAGGGCUGCAAAUUCCCUCCAGCAGGAGUUCUUCUCUAUAUCAGUGUCACUGUUUCUGAACUCCCUGAAACUCCUCCAUUAUAGUCUUGAGUUUUCUUCCGGCAAAAAACACGUCACAAUUUUCCUCAUUUAAAUAAUUCAUAAGCAGAAUAAAGGGGCGGGGCCUGGUUGAGUUAGUUAGUAGUGUGUUGAAACUCGCAGUUAUGGUAAGGGGCAGGACAUUUCCCAAACACGCUUGAAGCAAUUGACCAAUCACAACACAUUGUUCCAGCCGACCAAUCAGAGCACAGUGUGCUUUUCAGAAGGAGGGGCUUCAUAGAGACAGAAACUAAACAGAGCGUUACUGACAGACUGAGAAGAGAGGAGCUGCAACAAUGGAGAAUAUGAGGAAAAUAAUGCAAGCAUGAAAGCAUAUUCUAGCAGAGCCAAAAAACACAAUCAAGACUUUGAAAAAGGGCAUAAUAUGGUCUCUUUAAUGUAACAUAAAUGUAAGUAAUGUAAUGUACAGUAAGUCCAAAGGUAAAAAAAUACUUUACAUAUGAAUUUAUGUGAAGUAAAGUACUUUAAAAUGUACUUUACAUAUGAAUACCUAUGAAAACUAAUGAGAUCAGCCUGGAUUUAAAUGUGACAUGAACUGAAUCAUUUUGGGUUUAAUGUUCAGUUAGGUUGAGCAUCUUUUCUUUAAAUAACGAGACGUUAACCCCUAGGAAUUGAUUAGGUGUUUUUGAAUCAUAUGGAGAGAAAUGGGUUUCAUGGAAAUGUCACUGUAGAUUUAAGGUGUUUGCUGUUGUGUUAGUAACCAUUGCUGCGAUUACAAACUGAUGAUUUAAAAAUGACAAAAUGUUCUUUAUGAAUGGUGUCAGAACAGAGCUGAAGGCAAACCCAACAGAACAUUCUUCCAGCUUUUAUCAUUUCUUUAUGUUUAUUGACAUGAUUUGUCGGUUUAUUUGCUGCUUUCAACUCUGAAAUGAACUUGGAGUUUAACUUUCUUUUGUAUAACGAAGACAAAUAAUGUCCAUUAUUAUGAGACUUUGUCUGCGAGAUGUUUUUCACAUGUUUUGUUCUAGGGUUUUGUCUUAUAUAAACCCACUGAUCAAUUAAAGUGGAGAAAUCUGA